AUUUUGAUCAACACUUUUGUUAAUCAAAGCGUUAAUAACGGCACAAAAGAAAUCAUGAAAAUUCAGUUGACAAUCGUUUUGUUGGCAACUCUGGUGGCGAUGGCCUACUCGCUGACCCCCGAAGAAGACAACAAUAUCAUAGAUAAGACAAAGUUGGCUAAAAAGUAUGUCCAACUGAUUGAGAAGUUUGGUGAGAAGGCCUGGCAUUUCCUGGAGUGUAUGGGAAUGGAUUGGGCCGAACACUGUGUGUCGCCGACCAUCGGCUGUAUGACCGCUAAGAGUAUCGUCGGAUGUAUUGAAUUGAUUGCCUGUGAGGCCAAAGACGCCAAGUCUUGCGCUCAGAAACUCAACUAAAUUGUGGUUUAAUUGAAUGAAUAAAUUGUAUAAUUUGUUAAUAAGUUAUAAAUUUAUUAUCUAAUAAAAAUUAGCUUGCAUAAUAUUAUGUGCGGUAACAAGA